AUGCGCUGGGCUCUGUUACAUGCCCCAACUUCCUGGACGUCUUUGGAUGAGUUGCAGACAAGCUUUACCGGAGGCAGUGGUCGCAGGCCACACCUCGCGGCUUUCUUCGGUCAGGCACAAGGCAUGCACGACCCGUAUGCGCAGAACCACUACGGAGGCUAUGACCAGGGCUACGGCCACGGCGGCUCCGACCAAGGCGGCUACGGCCAAGGCGGCUACGGCCAAGGCUACGGCUACGACCAGGAUAUGUCCAUGAAGGAAGAAGAGGCGGCUGAAGAUGAUGACAUGGAGGAGAAGUCCGAGCAUCUGUCGCGCCUUCGCGAUAACGGUGACAUGAAGGCUUUCAGCUUCGGGGGUUAG